CGGUUACACGCCAUUAUCCCGCCAUAUACACUGCAGAGAUAACAUGGGCAGAAACGAAGCCCGCUGUUUCUCGUUUCCACGAGCUAUCUUGCUCAGUAACGUCGAUGUCGACGCCAAUCAAGCAGACCAUCGCUGUUGGCGGCAUUACCGUGCAUGUCUACUCACAGCCGAACGCAACGAAUGCAGCGGUUCCCGUGGCUGUCCUGUUCUUUUUGCACGGCAGGACCGGCUCGGCGCAGGAGUGUGAGUGGGUCGCACAGUCCACUUUGAAGUGGACGGAAGAGCAACGCAAGUCUACUGGAAAGCAGGCUCAAGAUCUACUUAUUGUGACCCUUGAUCAACGCAAUCAUGGUGCGCGCAUUAUUGAUGUGCAGGCGAACAGCGGGUGGAGGGAACAAGCACCCGCGAAGAACGACCGCCACGGCUUAGAUAUGUACGCAAUAUACACCGGAACGUCGAAAGAUGUAUCUUUCCUGAUUGAUUUCUUGCCAUCGUACUUGUACCCGUCCGGAGAGCGUGCUGUUGCGCAGUGGCUCGUAGGAGGGAUCAGUCUGGGAGGUCAUGCUACCUGGUAUACCUUGCGUAACGAGCCAAGGGUGAAGACCGGCAUUCCGAUUAUCGGCUGUCCGGACUACAUCAAGCUCAUGGCCGAACGAGCGGAGAAGAACGGUGUUCCCUUCGUGCCACCGUACAUACCCAAGUCACUCCUGGACUUCAUCCAAACGCACGAUGCAGCUGCGGCACCGUACACAUCCACCGACAGCUCUAACCCGUUCCUCGGAAAGAAAGUGCUUGUCCUGUCAGGCGCGGACGACAAGCUGGUGCCCUGGACGGCGUCACAAGAUUUUGUGGAGGGUUUGAACGUAGGGGAAAGUGGUGUGAAGCAGGUUGUUGUUGCGCCGGGAGUGGGUCAUGAGUGUACGCCAGACAUGGUGAAGAUCAUGUCAAAUUUUAUCUGGGAUCAAGUACUGGUUCUUUAAGGAGCUACAUCCGAGUUCACAACUGGCAUAGCGAUUAUGAAGGCUGAUGAGCAUAGUAGUAGGCGAGAGAUCAGGGUGGAUAGGUUCCCAGUCAAGGGCCAAGGCCGUAUUUUGUUCUAGACACCCAGUCACGGUACGACGGCCUUGCAACGAAUGAUAGUCGCGGCGC